AAAAGAAGAGAAGAAAGGUGGGAUGGGGGCUGAAUUGUGUAUCCAUGCCGUCGGUGUUACGCUCCUUUCACUUUAGGUUGAAAUCUCAUUAUUUACUCUGAAUUUGGCGAUGGUGAUGCUUACCGACUAGCUAGUACGGACUGCAACUCCUCUUUUCUCACUCACUCAGACUUGGGAAAACGAUUUAAUGGGUUCUAGAUUCCCAUCUCACCAGCUCAGCAAUGGCCUUUACGUCUCUGGCCGCCCAGAACACCCCAAAGAAAGAACACCAACAAUCACUUCUGCCCCCAUGCCUUAUACUGGUGGUGACAUUAAGAAGUCGGGAGAGCUUGGAAAAAUGUUUGAUAUCCCUGUCGAUGGCUCCAAAUCCAGGAAAUCUGCUCCCAUAACAACUGCACCUUCCAGAACAUCACAUUCAGGACCUAUCAAUUCUAGCUAUUCAACCUCAGGUCCCAUAUCAUCCUCAGGGAUGCCUGCUUCACUUUCGACUAAGAAAUCUAAUUCUGGACCCCUUACCAAGCAUGGUGAGCCUAUAAAAAAAUCAUCCGGUCCUCAAUCUGGAGGUGUCACACCAACUGGCCGCCAAAACUCAGGUCCCCAACCACCACUUCUCCCUGCAACAGGUCUUAUUACUUCUGGCCCUCUCAAUUCCUCUGGGGCCCCAAGAAAAAUCUCAGGUCCCUUGGAUUCAGCAAAGAUUCAUGGCCCUUCUCUUGUUAACAGCCAGGCUGUCACCACUCUCAGUCAAAAUGAUGUGUAUUCCUUCAAGAGGAGCUUCCCUAAACCUAUCCUCUGGGCAAUGGUUUUGUUAUUUCUCAUGGGAUUUAUUGCCGGGGGAUUUAUUCUUGCUGCUGUGCACAAUGCUAUUCUGGUCAUUGUUGUUGUGGUUCUAUUUGGCAUUGUUGCUGCAUUGUUCCUAUGGAACUCUUGCUGGGGUGGAAGUGCUAUAGUUGGUUUUAUUACCCGCUAUCCAGAUUCUGAACUAAGAACAGCAAAAAAUGGCGAAUAUGUCAAGGUUUCUGGGGUGGUGACUUGUGGAAAUGUGCCUCUUGAGUCAUCCUUCCAAAAAGUUCCUAGGUGUGUCUAUUCUUCCACAAGUUUAUAUGAGUAUCGAGGAUGGGAUUCAAAAGCUGCAAAUCCUACUCACCGGCGUUUUACAUGGGGCCUCAGGUCUUCAGAAAGGCAUGUGGUCGACUUUUAUAUCUCUGAUUUUCAGUCAGGGUUAAGAGCAUUGGUUAAGACUGGGUAUGGUGCAAAGGUGACUCCUUAUGUAGACGAGUCAGUAGUUGUUGAUGUGGAUCCUUUGAAUAGUGAGUUAUCUCCAGAAUUUAUCAGGUGGUUGAGAGAAAGAAGCCUUUCAAGUGAUGAUCGUAUAAUGCGACUGAAGGAAGGGUAUAUAAAAGAAGGAAGCACAGUGAGUGUGAUUGGAGUGGUUCAGAGGAAUGAAAACGUGCUUAUGAUUGUCCCACCUCCUGAGGCAUUUACAACAGGGUGCCAGUGGCUGAAAUGCAUAUUUCCUGCUAGCCUUGAGGGCAUUGUGUUAAGAUGUGAAGAUGCGUCAAAAGUUGAUGCUAUACCAGUGUGAUAGGUUAUGUUCAGCAUACUUAGAGAGGUUAAGAAUUUUUAUUGUGGAGAAAAUAGUUUGUGUUUCAUUUCUUGUAUAGUAGUAAGUAGUUACUAUGGUGUUGUUUAAACUUUUACAUGACAUGUUGUAAUAGAGUUAGAUGAAAUGUUUGAGAGUAUAAUUGUGUUUCUAAUCCAUGUAUAU